AUGUUUCAGGAGAUUGAUGAUACCACAGCGGAAUGUCUUGCCCUGGAGGAUGACGCAAACAUUCUGGAAGGGCAGCUGGCUCAUUUGCAACUGGACCCUGAUCUGCGUAUUGAAGCUCUGGUAACAGAAGCAGCUGAGAAGCCUGUGUGUAUAUUGGAUUUCACAUCUCCAGACAUUAUUCCUGCUAUGAUGGACAUUAAAGCAUUUUACCAUGAACUUGCAGACAGACUACAGCUUUUAGGAAAACCUGCCGUGACAUGGGAUUCCCAAGAUGGUAUAGCAGAAUAUCCUGGCUUGCCUGACAGUAUGAGGGACAGCAUCAGAGCAAAAGAUCCAAAGGCUGUGAUUGCAGACCUUGAGAAUGAAAUUGCUUCUCUACAAAGGAGGAGAGAGGAACUUGAAAGACUUACCAUUGAAAAAGAGACUGAUUAUGCAAUGGAAACUUCUGGGUGUGAGGAAGAGAUUGCUGAGUUAAGGGGAAAACUAAGUUCUCUGAAACAUGAGAUGAAGCUCCAAAUCAUGGACUAUGAAAAACUGAUAAAUGCAAAAAUGGCCUUGGAUAUUGAAAUUGCAGCCUACAGGGUAUAUAUUGAAGAGGAAAACGACAGGAUGGGUCAUCUGUAAUUGAUGAAAGUCUAUAAUUAGGAACGUUCCGUUGCCAUUAGACCUGUCACCCCACUGCUUCAGAGUUAUAGCUGCAUUGUGGAGUAAAAUAACAAUUUUUGUUUGCUGUUUGCUUUAUUAACUUCCUGUUCCUGCUAUCUUUAGUUUAUAAUAUAGAGCAGAUACAGCUCAGCAAAUAAAGCCACGAUAUCUAAAUAUCUAAACU